UCUUCGUCCAUCAACCGUCCACCUCAAAACACCUCCUUUCCGCUGUCCUGAGUUUGUCUCAAACCACCGGCAAACCAAACCAAAUUUAUUUAUCACAGCACCCUUAUACAGCAUCGUUUGCGUACAUUGCCUAUCGUCCCACUAAAGACCGAACCUUCCCGUCUCCAUCCAUCGUCGCGCCCCUGGCCCGCUCACGAUCACCGUCCUGCCUCUUGCUCACCCUCACAUGUAUCCAUGACAGGACUUUAGCGUCGCCACACUCCCUCUUUACCCCGGACUACAAUCCCCCCGUUUUGACUUUCCACCUCGCCUCUGCUCGCACGCCGGUCCUAAAUCCUACGACAAUCAACACGCCCUAUCGGGUCGCUAUAUCUCGCAGAACCCGUGGUAUAAAGGGGGGAGGGGCUGUUACGUCUCGCGACGAUGCAACGCAGCUCAAGUAGCCCCGAACUCUCACCAAUAUCCUCUGGAGAUGGGGCUGCCGACCGGGUCUGGAGGAGGAAACAGCCCCAGCCGGUUGCUGCGAUCUUUAUCCAUGCUGGUGCCGGUUACCACAGCGUUGCCAAUGAACAUGUGCAUCUCAGUGCAUGUAGCGAAGCGGCCAAGCUGGGCAUGAGCUUUCUGAGAGCUGGUGCUUCCGCUACCCAAGCCGUGGAAGCUGCUAUCAAAUACCUCGAGGACAGGGAAAUCACCAAUGCUGGCUUCGGCAGCAACUUGACCAUGGACGGCAUUGUCGAGUGUGAUGCGACUGUGGUAGACCACUUGGGAAGAAGCGGUGCCUGCGGUGCCGUUCCUGGAGUGCGAAAUCCUAUAUCUCUAGCCAAGCUUAUUCUUGACGCAAGCAGUCGUCCUCUGUCACUCCGCCGAGUUCCACCAAACAUCCUUGUUGGAGAGGGUGCCAGAGAGUUCGGGAUAGAACAUGGCAUGCCCCAAGUCCCCAACGAGCAACUGGUUUCGAAGAAUGCCAAGGACAGAUAUCUCCGCUGGAACGAGGACCUAAAACGGGCAGAAGCCAAACUGCACCCCUCGAAUCAUUUUUCUGGCAGGACUGCUGAAAGGUCCAGCGCUGGAGACUACGAACAGGCCGCCGACCCUGCUGGGCAGUCGUCGGGGCGAGAUCACACCAAUGCAAUCUUGACGGGAACUUGGAAUGAAGGUCAACCUGACUCCCCUCAUAUCCCCGGCACGCCCUUGGGAGAGAAUGGAUCACCGGCAGGCACUGCGGUUACCACUGCGCGGUCGACUCCCAGCAGCUCGUCCAGGUCCUCAUCGUACACCCUGCGAACCCCAAAUCCUUUGAGCUACGUCAGUGCCGCCUUUCAAGGGCGCUCGAGGCCAUCUCAAAAGCGGCCCAAAGUACGGAAAAGCGUGAGUGAUGAUGCCGCCGCCUUCCUCACGCCGCUCACAGGGACGAACAAAGCACCAUCCCCGGCCGCUUCGGCACACGACGGUUCGGUAAGCACUGCGGAGAGCGAUAGAGGCGAUCUCUCUGACGACGGAGAGAAAAAAAAAGAGGAGAAAGGGCCUCUGCCAAUUCUUGCUGGCACCAAACGUAGCCGAGAAUUCGGUAGCGGCGAUGAGGAUUUCGUAACAGACACGGUCGGCGCCAUCGCCAUUGAUAACAGGGGUCACAUUGCAGCAGGAUCUUCUUCUGGGGGUAUUGGAAUGAAGCAUCGCGGCCGAAUUGGGCCUGCUGCCCUCGUCGGCAUUGGUACCGCUGUUGUGCCGGAGGACCCCGAAGACGAAAUGGCGACCUCGGUAGCUGCUGUCACCAGCGGGACAGGCGAACACAUGGCCACGUGCAUUGCCUCUGCCAAGUGUGCUGAGCGUCUGUUUCACUGUACCCGGCGCGGACCUAGUGGCCAAGAUAUCGAAGAGCUGGAUGAGUCUGCCCUGAUGGAGUCCUUCAUUGUCAACGACUUUAUGGGGCAUCCUGGAGUGCGGAACCAGCCCUCGGCUGGAGCGAUUGGGGUCAUGGCUGUCAAGAAGGACCUGUCGGGAAUUUCCUUUUAUUUCGCGCACAAUACCGACUCAUUUGCCUUGUCGGCGAUGGCGGCGACAGACCAACAACCAACAUGUACGAUGUCCCGGCUGAGUAAAGCUCAUGGGGUGGCGCAGGGUGCGAGGAGGAUGAGGUAUGACUGAUUGGGGAGUUUUCGUUUGCAUAAACGCAAGAAGCUGUUGUCGAGAUGGAAGAGGGUACCUAUUUUGCAUUCCCGUUGGAAAGGCAUAGCAUAGAUAAAUCAUGGCGAUGGAUGGGAUACGGUAGCUAGACUGUCAUUGCAAGGGCGGCCAUGUCCAGAGAGUCUUGUAGACAGGAGUCUUUAAAAUAAAAGGAUAUCGAAGC